ACAAAACUAUACUAUGUUACUUCUUGUUACCCUUUCCACUACUCAACUUUAGAAUUACUCAUUUAUAGUAUUUUUCAUUAAAUAAUAUGAAAGGAAUAAAGUGAGUGUGUGUGUUAUCCAUUUAAAGGUGUUUGAGAAUCAACUAAGUUUACAUUUCUUAACCUAUUCCAACAAUGGAUACACAACAACAACAACCUCAUCAUCAUCGGUGUGAUAAAAUUGCAAGCAAGAAACCAUGGCAGAGUUCACAAGAAGAUCAAAAGGAGCAUCAGCAAGAGCAAGUAGAUACUACUUUGUUGGAUCUGAAUCUGAAUGUCCAUGAUGAUGAUGAGUGCAGCACAGAGUUGAGCCUCAUCACGUGUUUGGACAUGGAUAAUUCCUCAAAAACUACUUCAAUUGAAGACAACAACAACAACAACACAUGUUGUGCAGGUUCUGAUCAAAGAGUGUUCUCUUGCAACUACUGCCAGAGGAAAUUCUACAGUUCACAAGCUCUUGGAGGACACCAAAAUGCUCACAAGAGAGAGAGAUCAAUUGCAAAGAGAGGUCAGAAUAGGUUAUUAGGAUCCUCUCCAUUUAUGAUCCCUUUUCUUCAUCAUCAUCAUAGAUAUGCUAGUAUUGCAUCUUUACCUCUCUAUGGUGCUUGUGCAAACAAACCACUUGGAAUUCAAGCUCACUCCUUGAUUCACAAACCUUCUUUUGUUCAUCAUCAUCAUCAUAUAUCAAAUGGCUUUGGAAGACCACCUCCCCUCAUUGGAAGUAGUAGUGUUGGUAGAUUCCAGGUGGCCAAGAACAUGCUCAAUUCUGCAGCAGAUAAUGAAGAAAUCACAGCUUAUCUUGUUACUAGGACUACUCAAGAAGACAAUAUAAUGACCAAGAAUAAUAAGCACCUUGAUUUAUCUCUUAAACUCUAGCUAGAUAGGCAUAUGUAUAUGUAUAUGUAUAUAUAUGGCCCUUACUGUGUUGAUAGUUGUUAUUACUUUUUCUCCAAUUAUAAUUAGGCUUAAUCAAC